AUGGAGGACGGAGGCCAAGCUCAGCGGGCCUGGGCAUCGAAUCCACCAACCGCCUUCAUCUUCCUCAUCACUGUUUUCGCCUUUUUCUUACCAAUUCUAAUUUAUUUCCCUCCUUUCCCUCCUUCCAAGAGGGACGCACUUCUCGAAACACACCACAAUGCGGGCCGAUCCGUCCCGGUAACGGCCGAGGGUACGGCUAGGAACAACGCAAAGGACGGAGUAGAAAAAUCACCAAGAACAUCAACCGAUGGCGGCCGUAUUCGCAGCCUCUGGAUCUACCCGAUCAAGUCCUGCCGCGGCAUCGAACUCCGCCAGAGCCGCGUGCUCCCCACGGGGCUCGAGUUCGACCGCCUCUACAUGUUCGCCCAGCUCCGGAGCCCCUUCCCUGCCCCGAGCUCACCAUCCGCCGACGGCAGCGGUCCUGUCGACCACACCUGGCACUUCAUCACCCAGCGCCAGUUCCCGCUCUUGGCAACAGUGCAGGUCGACCUUUUUGUGCCCAAGGGGGAAGCGGACAGCGACAAGGCCGCGUCUGAGGCGUUUUUGUUGGUGCGGUUUCCCUGGAAGGAACGUGGGCUGCGUGGCGUUCUAGAAUCGGCAGCUGCUAAGCUGGCCCGCGGAUGGCGGGCACAGUCGGAGAAGGAAUUCGUGCUCCCCGUGGCGUUUCCUGACGUAGAGGUCGAGGAGAGUCAACCCCGCGGGUACACUCAUGAGAAAGUGACUAUUUGGCGCGACACGGUCAGCGCGCUGAACAUGGAGGCGGAGCUACCUCGGGAGCUGCGCUUGUACUUGGGGGUGAGCAACCGGCUCGGCCUUUUCCGUGUUGACCCGGCCCGAUUGCGCGAAGUCCGCCGAUGCGCGCCGACGCCGGCCGAGGCCGGAUACCAACCUGUAGCUGGGUUUCAGGAUGCGUAUCCCCUGCACCUCCUGAAUCUCAAGAGCGUCCAUGACUUUGAUGCCAAGAUCGACAAGGACAAAGACCUCCAAGAGCUGGACCCUAGGAGGUUUCGGGCUAACAUUAUCGUGGACAACAACGACGAUAGCAGCCCCUAUGACGAGGAGACCUGGAAGAAAAUCCGAUUCACCCCCGAGCCCGGCAAUCGCAAGGACAGCAACGGUAGCAAUGGCGAGAAACUUGACACUUCUACAUUCCACGUGUCCUGUCGGACCGUUCGCUGCAAAAUGCCCAAUGUGGACCAGGACAGCGGUUAUCGGCACCCUGUGCAGCCAGAUAAGGCCCUGAGAAAGUUUCGAGAGGUUGACGAAGGCGCUAAACGCAUGGGGUGCUUGGGCAUGCAAGUGACGCCCUUGUUUACUAACCCCGGCCUACCGGAAGGGCGUAAGAGUUGGGUGGAGGUUGGGAUGUCCGUUGAAGUGCUCGAGCGAGGACAUCAUGUGUACAUAUUGCAAUAG